AAAAGGAUGCAGGCGUGAGCGAGCGCAGGCGCCCCGUCCCAGCUGCCUCUCUCAAUACGUCCACGCUCGCGCUCCAGACCGGCUGCGCUCCGUCCGUCCGCUCAAGGGGGGGAACGGGGGUUUCAGGUACGGGCAUGAAGGGAUCGGCCAAAAAGAGGAUGCGGUUUCCCUAGAAACUGGUUGCGCGCAGCUCCUGCCGCGGUGAUGCUAGCCCCCAGCCUCUCUCUCUCCUGGGCCAGUGCGCAACGGAAGACGUGAAGAGAGGGGGUCUCUGUGUUUUUGUUUUGUGUUUGUCUCUCUCUUCACCACUGCCCCCCCCUCCUCUCUGUCUCUUCCCUCCUGCUCCCGUGCUCAGAAGGAUCAUCACCUUUCUUUUUUUUUUUUUUUUGGCGCACGUCGCCCCCCCUUGCUUGUCCCAUUGUUUCUGAGGGAUAUCUGACAGUAGCCUUUAAACUAUGGCUCAUGCAGCCUCCCAGCUGAAGAAGAAAGCGGAUUUAGACAUCACUGCAGCCGAGGAGGAGAAAGACAAGAAGAGGAAGCCCAGGAAACGGUCCCGGGAUCCCAAGAAAAAGUCUGACAGCAAUGCCAGUUACCUACGGGCAGCCCGGGCUGGGAACUUGGAGAAGGCCCUUGACUACCUGAAGACAGGGGUCGACAUCAACAUCUGCAACCAGAAUGGGCUGAACGCUCUUCAUCUCGCCUCUAAAGAGGGCCACGUGGAGGUGGUUGCCGAGCUCAUAAAGCUUGGAGCCAACGUUGACGCGGCGACGAAGAAAGGAAACACCGCUCUGCAUAUAGCCUCGCUCGCGGGGCAAACGGACGUGGUGAAGGAGCUGGUGACGAACGGAGCCAACGUCAACGCGCAGUCUCAGAAUGGCUUUACUCCACUGUACAUGGCUGCUCAGGAGAACCACCUGGAGGUGGUCAGAUUCCUCCUGGAUAAUGGCUCCAGUCAGAGCAUCGCCACUGAGGAUGGCUUCACCCCCCUGGCGGUGGCUCUGCAGCAGGGGCACGACCAGGUGGUGUCCCUGCUCCUGGAGAACGACACCAAGGGCAAGGUUCGGCUACCUGCCCUCCACAUCGCUGCCCGCAAGGACGACACCAAGGCGGCCGCCCUGCUCCUGCAGAACGACCACAACGCAGACGUGGAGUCCAAGAUGAUGGUGAAUAGAACAACGGAGAGUGGCUUCACCCCCCUUCACAUUGCCGCGCACUACGGCAACAUCAACGUGGCCACGCUGCUGCUGAACCGCGGGGCGGCGGUGGACUUCAAGGCGAGGAAUGACAUCACGCCUUUGCAUGUCGCGUCAAAGAGAGGAAACGGAAACAUGGUCAAACUCCUGCUGGAACGUGGAGCCAAAAUCGAUGCCAAAACCAAGGAUGGACUGACCCCUUUACACUGUGGCGCAAGGAGUGGUCAUGAGCAAGUGGUGGAGAUGCUUCUCGACCGCGGAGCCCCAAUCCUGUCCAAAACGAAGAAUGGGCUGUCUCCCCUGCACAUGGCCACCCAGGGAGACCACCUGAACUGUGUCCAGCUCCUGCUCCAUCACGAUGUGCCUGUGGACGACGUCACCAACGACUACCUGACGGCGCUGCAUGUGGCGGCCCACUGCGGCCACUACAAGGUGGCCAAGGUCAUCGUGGACAAGAAGGCCAACCCCAACGCCAAAGCGCUGAAUGGUUUUACACCACUUCACAUUGCUUGCAAGAAGAACCGGAUUAAAGUGAUGGAGCUGCUGCUGAAACAUGGAGCGUCGAUUCAGGCUGUGACUGAGUCGGGCUUGACACCAAUUCAUGUGGCCGCUUUCAUGGGACACGAAAACAUUGUGACUCAGUUGAUGAAUCACGGAGCUUCGCCAAACACAACCAACGUGAGGGGAGAGACCGCACUCCACAUGGCAGCCAGGGCUGGGCAAGCCGAUGUCGUGAAGUACCUGGUGCAGAACGGGGCCCUGGUGGAAGCGAAGGCCAAGGAUGACCAGACGCCGCUGCACAUCUCCAGCCGGCUGGGGAAGCCGGACAUCGUCCAGCAGCUGCUGCAGCACGGGGCGUCGCCCGACGCCUCCACCACCUCGGGGUACACCCCCCUGCACCUGGCGGCCCGCGAGGGGCACGAGGACGUGGCAUCUGUGCUGCUGGAGCACGGCGCCUCGCUCUCCGUCACCACCAAGAAAGGGUUCACCCCUCUACACGUGGCAGCUAAAUAUGGGAAGAUUGAAGUGGCUAAUCUGCUCCUCCAGAAGAGCGCGCCCCCAGACGCAGCCGGAAAGAGUGGUCUAACCCCACUGCAUGUCGCCGCGCACUACGAUAACCAGAAAGUGGCACUUCUCCUACUGGACCAGGGAGCGUCUCCACAUGCAGCUGCCAAGAAUGGCUACACUCCUCUGCACAUCGCUGCCAAAAAGAACCAGAUGGACAUCGCCACCACUCUCCUGGAGUACGGCGCCGACACCAAUGCUGUCACCAGGCAGGGCAUCAGCCCCGUGCACCUGGCCGCGCAGGAAGGCAAUGUGGACAUGGUGUCCCUGCUGCUGGCUCGGAACGCCGACGUUCACCUGGGCAACAAAAGCGGCCUGACUCCUCUCCACUUAGCUGCCCAGGAGGACAAAGUGAACGUGGCAGAGGUUCUGGUCAAUCAGGGGGCAGUCAUUGACCCCGAAACAAAGAUGGGAUACACUCCACUGCACGUGGCCAGUCACUACGGAAACGUGAAGAUGGUGAACUUCCUCUUACAGCACCAGGCUAAAGUCAAUGCCAAAACAAAGAAUGGGUACACCCCUCUCCAUCAGGCGGCACAGCAGGGCCACACCCACAUCAUUAACAUGCUGCUGCAGCACGGCGCCUCGCCCAAUGAGCUGACUGUGAAUGGAAACACCGCCUUGUCCAUUGCAAGGAGGCUGGGCUACAUCUCUGUUGUGGACACGCUGAAGGUGGUGACGGAGGAAACACUGACCACCAUGACUGUGACAGAAAAACAUAAGAUGAAUGUCCCCGAAACAAUGAACGAGGUCCUUGACAUGUCAGAUGAUGAAGUUCGUAGGGGAAAUGUACCCGAAAUGAUCAAUGAAGACUAUAUUUCAGAUGUUGAAGAAGGUGAGGAUGCAAUGACCGGCGACACUGACAAAUACCUCGGGCCCCAGGACCUGAGGGAGUUAGGGGACGACUCGCUUCCACAGGAGGGAUACAUGGGCUUCAGCAUUACGGCUCGAUCGGCCAGCCCUAAAGUCAGCCUCCGCUCCUUCAGUUCGGAUAGGUCCAACACCCUCAACCGGAGCUCCUUCGCCCGUGACAGCAUGAUGAUCGAGGAGAUCCUGGCCCCCAACAAGGAAACGCUUCAGAGUGUCUGUAAAGACAUGUCCUUCAUUGUUGAGCCUCAGAAUAAGCACCUGGCUGCAGCCAGGGAGUACGACGCCGACUCUCUCCGGAGGUACAGCUGGGCUGCAGACACCCUCGAUAACGUCAACCUCGUCUCCAGCCCCAUCCACUCCGGCUUUUCCUCUCCACUUCCCCAGUAUGACUCCAGGUUCCUGGUCAGCUUCAUGGUGGACGCGCGUGGCGGCUCCAUGCGGGGCAGCCGCCACAAUGGCAUGCGCAUCAUUAUCCCGCCGCGGAAGUGCACGGCGCCCACCCGCAUCACCUGCCGCCUGGUCAAGAGGCACAAGCUGGCCUGCCCGCCGCCCAUGGUGGAAGGAGAAGGCCUGGCCAGCCGGCUGGUGGAGGUCGGACCGGCGGGAGCCCAGUUUCUGGGCCCUGUGAUAGUGGAGAUCCCCCAUUUUGGCUCAAUGAGAGGGAAGGAGAGAGAGCUGAUCAUGCUCAGAAGCGAGAAUGGGGAGACGUGGAAGGAGCACCAGUAUGACUGCAAAACUGAAGACCUCAACGAGCUACUCAACGGCAUGGACGAAGAGCUGGACAGUGCAGAAGACCUUGAGAAGAAGCGCAUCUGUCGGAUCAUCACCAAGGACUUCCCACAGUACUUUGCGGUCGUCUCCCGGAUCAAGCAGGAGAGCAACCAGAUGGGUCCUGAGGGAGGGCUUCUGUCCAGCCAGACGGUGCCGCUCGUCCAGGCCUCCUUCCCAGAAGGGGCGCUGACCAAGAAGAUUCGGGUUGGCCUACAGGCCCAGCCUGUCCCAGAUGAAUUGGUGAAGAAGAUUUUGGGAAACAGGGCCACAUUCAGUCCCAUAGUGACUGUUGAGCCCCGAAGGAGGAAGUUCCACAAACCCAUCACCAUGACAAUCCCUGUCCCGCCCCUCUCAGGAGAAGGCGUCACCAACGGCUACAAAGGGGACAGCACCCCCUGUCUGCGGCUCCUGUGCAGCAUAACAGGGGGCACUUCACCAGCGCAGUGGGAGGACAUCACCGGCACCACCCCUCUCACCUUCGUCAACGACUGCGUCUCCUUCACCACCAACGUGUCGGCCAGGUUUUGGCUCGCGGACUGCCAUCAGGUCCCGGAAACUGUUGGCUUGGCUUCUCAGCUCUACAGAGAGUUGAUCUGUGUUCCGUACAUGGCCAAGUUCGUGGUAUUUGCCAAAAUGAAUGAUCCGGUCGAGUCCCGCCUGCGAUGCUUCUGCAUGACGGAUGAUAAGGUGGACAAGACUUUGGAGCAGCAGGAGAACUUUGAGGAGGUGGCCAGGAGCAAAGACAUCGAGGUUUUGGAAGGAAAGCCCAUCUACGUGGAUUGCUAUGGCAAUCUGGCUCCUCUGACCAAAGCUGGGCAGCAGCUGGUUUUGAACUUUUAUGCAUUCAAAGAAAACAGGCUUCCUUUCUGUGUGAAGGUCAGAGACAGUAGUCAAGAGCCUUGCGGACGCCUUUCAUUCCUGAAAGAGUCAAAAACUACUAAAGGUCUUCCGCAGACUGCCAUCUGCAAUCUGAACAUUACACUGCCACCCUACAAAAAGGAUAUGGAGUCAGAUCCAGAUGAAGAGACUGAAAAACCAGAGCGACGUCAUACCUUUGCAUCUCUAGCCUUACGUAAGCGCUACAGCUAUCUGACCGAGCCUGCCAUGAAAACAGUUGAACGAAGUACAACAAGAACACUGCCUGCUGGUUACGUUCACAAACCUGUCUUUUCAACAAGAUCUUACCAGGCAUGGUCGGCUGCUCCUAUUACCGUCCCUGGGCAAGCAAAAUCUGGACUGGGUUCCCUCUCCAGCUCAUCGUCCAACACGCCAUCUGCUUCGCCACUAAAAUCAGUGUGGUCGAUUUCCUCUGCUUCUCCAAUCAAGUCCACCUUAGGAGCCUCAAAUGCAUCUUCAGUCAAAUCAGUUAGCGACAUAGCUUCUCCCAUCCGUUCGUUUAGAAGUAUUUCAUCACCAAUAAAGACUGUUGCUCAGCAAGCUCCAUACCCUAUGCAGGUCUCCUCUUCACUGCUGUCUUCACCGAGUAAAACUGCAACAGACCCUGUGUCUGUGAAAGGACUUGCAGCAUCACUGUCCUCAAGAACUUCCACUGUCACAACCACAGGGCCUGCACUGGAAAGGUCUUCAAUUGCAAUGACCCCACCUUCUUCCCCAAAGUCCACCAUAAGCAUGUACAGUUCCAGUUUGCCGUUUAAAUCUGUCAUGGCCUCUGCUGUCCCCGCAGCGCCUUCAUCCACUAAACCUGCAUCUGGCUUGUCCUCAAUGAAACCUUCUGCAGAUGUUGCUGUAACAUCUAAGGGAAUGGUGGCAUCUUCCCUGUCUUCACCAGUUAAAUGUACAGUCACAUCUAUGGAGACAGCCAUGCUCAAUGGAACUGUUUCACCGGUUAAAUACCCCUCCUCUUCAUCAGGCUAUGUGGGGAUCAGCAGUUUGCAAGAAAGGAUACAAGCGACCACUCAUGCAGCUACAUCGAGUGUUAGUGCAGCCUUCGAUGAAGCUGAAAAGACCUUUAAUUCCUGCUCUGCCUCUGGCUAUGGCACACUCAAGUCCAUGUCCUCGUCAGCAUCCUCAGCUUAUCAGUCUAUGAGAUCUCCUGCUACAAGUUCUGUUUAUGGUGCUGUGAGGUCUCCCGCAUCAUCCACCACCUCAGUAACAUCAGGCUCGAUAACCGUCCCAGUGUAUUCUAUCGUAAAUGUCAUGCCAGAGGCCCAAGUAAAAAAACUCCCCGACGAAACCGUUGCCACAAAACCAGCAACUGCGCAGUCCCCUCUGAAGACUGCGUCCACAGAGGCACACACACAGACCCAGUCUUCCUUCUCCAGGACCAUGUCACCUAUCAAAUCAUCUUUGUUUAUUUCCCCAACAGCCCUCAAAGCAACUGCCUCUUCCUCAUUAUCAUCAAGCCAGGAAAUACUGAAGGAUGUGGCAGAAAUGAAAGAGGACUUGAUAAGGAUGACUGCCAUCCUGCAGACUGAUGCCAGUCCUGCAGCCAAAAGCUUCCAGUCAGACACUUCAAAAGAAUCUAAAGUUGAAGACGAGGAGCCUUUUAGCAUAGUUGAGAAAGUGAAAGAGGAUCUUGUUAAAGUCAGUGAAAUCCUGACUAAGGAUGCACUGAGUGAAAGCAAAGCUGGCAUCAAAGAUAGGAUAACUGACGAGGACUGGGAGGAGUUCUCAAAAGACGAGAUAGAAGAGGCCCAGCAAAGUGCUAGGAAAUGCCCUCCCAGUUAUGGCAUAGAAACCAUCCCUGGCAGAACCCAACGCAUAUCUGACAAAGACUUAAGUUUAGCUAAGGUGGUUGACUACUUGACAAAUGAUAUUGGUGCUAGUUCCCUUUCAAAAAUGUCAGAAAUGAAGUACAGAUAUGACGAGGUGAAAAAAGAGGGGGAGGAAAAGCAGAAGCGUGUUCUCAAACCUGCCAUGGCAUUACAAGAGCACAAGCUUAAAAUGCCACCCUCAAGCAUGCGUUCCUCUGCCUCUGAGAAAGAGUUAUGCAAACUAGCAGAUUCUGUCUAUGGAACGGAUGCCAUAUUGGAAUCCCCAGAGGAUUUCUCACAUGAUCAGGACAAGAGUCCUCUCUCAGAUAGUGGGUUUGAAACCAGAAGUGAAAAGACCCCCUCAGCUCCUCAGAGUGCAGAGAGCACAGGGCCCAAACCUCUAUUUCACGAUGUGCCAAUUCCGCCCGUCAUCACAGAGACACGUACAGAGGUUGUUCACGUCAUAAGAAGCUAUGAGCCCCCUGAGGAGACCCAUGAACCGAUAAUGGAAGAGGCUGGAGCAAUGACAUCGCCUGCGUGCAUUGAACCUGAGCCGAAAGCUGGAUCUAUCAAAGACAAAGUUAAGGCAUUUCAGAUGAAAGUGAACUCUGAGGAUGACUCUGUUGUUAGCAAAGGCAUGCGUGUUAAAGAGGAGACCCACAUCACUACCACCACUCGAAUGGUUUACCACAAGCCCCCCGGUAAAGAGGCUACCUCUGAGAGGAUUGAGGAAACUAUGUCUGUUCGAGACAUAAUGAAAGCUUUCCAAUCUGGUAGGGAUCCCUCCAAAGAACUGGCUGGCUUAUUUGAGCACAAGGCCGGCAGUGAGUCUCACAAAGGGAAUGAGAUAUCACCAAGGUUUCUUGACAAAGACAUCAAACCAAAACCCAAAGUUGAAAGAAUAAUAGAGGUUCAUAUUGAGAAAGGCAAUAAAGCUGAACCUACUGAGGUUAUCAUCCGAGAAACAAAAAAGCACCCAGAUAAAGAAAUGUACAUUUAUAAGGGGGAUCGUGGAAUAAAGGAACUACCUGACAAACUAUAUGCUGAUGAUGAAGCACAACAGGAAGAGGAGGAGCUUACUGCUGAAGAAUCACUUCCCUCCUAUUUAGAAUCAUCCAGAGUAAAUACACCUGUCUCUCAGGAAGAGGACAGUCGUCCAAGUUCUGCACAGCUUAUUGCUGAUGACUCGUACAAAGCUUUGAAGCUACUCAGCCAGCACUCUGUCGAAUACCAUGAUGAUGAGUUGUCAGAGCUAAGAGGAGAGUCCUACCGAUUUGCAGAGAAAAUGCUUCUCUCUGAGAAAUUAGACAUAUCUCACUCUGAUACUGAGGAGUCUGUGACUGACCAACCUCAUGUCAGGAGCUCGGAUAUGCAAGGUUCAGAAAGUCAUUACGGUGAGAGAAUGGCCAGCGGGCCCCGGAAGGAAUUUGUUAUGAAAUCGUCAAAGGAUACAUCAGACAAAACAGGUAAAUUUGCUCAUAAGGAUGAGCACAUUGACAAACUGACAGUGUUGCAUUACACAGCAGAGCCCGGUAGCCCCAAACAUGCUGUGUGGAUGCGUUUCACUGAAGACAGACUUGACAGGAAUCGAGAAAAACUCAUAUAUGAGGACAGGGUAGAUCGAACAGUAAAGGAAGCCGAGGAAAAAUUGAGUGAGGUUUCUCAGUUUUUUCGUGACAAAACAGAGAAACUAAAUGACGAGCUUCAGUCCCCAGAGAAAAAGCCUCGGAAGAGAGAUCCCAGAGAAACCCGUUCAGGACCAAGUUCUACCUGUAGUAGUCCUGAAAAAACAACAUACAGGAAUGGAACUAGUGGUGAGGAGUGGGGUAAGGGCAGGCUGAGAGAGCCAUCUGUAGGGAAAUUGUUUGGCAGCUCAAAUGAAAGGAAAUGUGCUAGCUUGCCCAACAGCCCUGAAAGACGUUUCAUUUCCCAGACUAUUGAUGAAAGAACAAAACAAGGAGAUGUAACAUCACAGAGCAAGGUGGGUGAAGCCUCUCAGCCUCUCCAGCUGAAGUCAUCCAAAGUUAGCUCUGUAAGACUAAAAUUUGAGUCAGAAGCUCAAAAGCAAGACAAAAGUCCUCAAUGGGGACCAACAAAACCUCCAGUGAAGAAAUUGCAGGAAAGUAAGCUCCCUGUCUAUCAGUUUUUUGCUGGAAAAACUGCCAAAUCGGCAGAAAGCACAGAUGAGACAGGGGCUCCAAAUAAAACUCUAGAUAGUGAUAAAAGCAAAGUGACCAGUGGACACAGCACUGACAUCAGUAAGUCCCGAGUACCUGUCAUUGCCCAAAAACAACAAACUGACAAGCUGUCAAACAAAGGCAUAACAGAAACAGCACCAAAACACCCACAGGGUGAAAAUGGCAAAGAACCGGAUACAGAAAAGAAAUUCUACAGGACAUGGGAAUGUCAUGGAAAUGGAAGCGAUAAAGUUCAAAAGGAAAAAAUAAGUCAUACGCUUGUUCAUGACACAUUCAAAGAGGACAGUGGUCAUGAUUUACAAGGUGUUGUCCCUAGCAAAGAAAAAAAACAACCUCUUUCAAAAAAUGGGACACCUUUGAAAGAGGCUACGCCAACAUUCCUAACAAAAAAAAACAUCUAUACUGAGCAUGUUACACAGGACGAUGCAGACAGCAGUGAUGCACACAAGAUUCUAAAAAAAAAGGGAGAGUCUCAAAUUCCUGUCCGGGUGCCCUUUAGUCACACAGACAGUGAUCAAUCCAAGAAAUCAAAACCAGACACAUUACUUAAACCCUCAGAACGGAGUAUAUCACAAAUACCCACCUUAGCUCGAAACAGAUCUCAAGGUAGCUCAGACACAAGUACAUCUAGGGAUGAGUUUUCGGUGAGCAAAUAUCCAGAUUCUUUAGAUAGUAGCCUAAUAAAUGACUCAAAAGACAUUAGUGAUCCCAGUCCAGUAGAGUAUAUUGAGAAAGAGGCACCAAUAGUUACUGCAGAAAGUUUCAAAGGCAUUAAAACUUUACCUGUUUAUGUCAGCAUUCAAGUCAGCAAACAGGGUGAGAAAGAAACCUCAGGUGGACAGCAAGGGACUUACAAAAAGAUAGUAAGUCAGGAAAGUCGCAGUGCACAAGAAACACGGGGAACAUUUUACACAGUUAAACAGAAACAACCUCCAUCCCCCCAAGGUAGCCCUGAAGAUGACACACUCGAGCAAGUAUCUUUUAUUGACAGCUCUGGGAAGAGUCCCCUGACCCCUGAGACACCUAGUUCUGAGGAGGUGAGCUAUGACCUCACUUCUAGAACCCCAGAUUCAUUUAUUGGUUUUAUGCCAGGAAAACCUAGCCCAAUCCCUGAGGUUUCUGAGGAGUCAGAGGAAGAGGAGCAAGGCAAAGCUUUUUCCUUCAAGGAAUCUCCACCAGAGAGGCCAAAGCCUUCUGAAGCAGAGCCUACAAAUGGAAACCAGGAGGCGGCUGGCAGAAUGAAGGACAAAAGAGUGGCAUACAUUGAAUUUCCUCCACCCCCUCCUCUAGACUCAGAACAAUCUGACCCUGAAAAAAAGGGUUCUUGUCCUUCCUCAGAGGCCGAGACAGAAAUGAUGGAGGUCAACCUCCAGGAGGAACAUGACAAGCACCUUCUUGCUGAACCCAUCAUCAGAGUCCAGCCCCCAUCUCCAGUGCCACCUGGGGCAGAUGAUAGUGACUCUACAGAGGAGGAAUCUGUCUUCCAACCCAUUCCUUUCAAGAAGUACACCUUCAAGAUUUCAGAGGAGGAAGAGGAAAAGGCUUCUAAAGUUAAAAAGCAGGAAAGGAAUGGAAACCACAAGGAAACUGGACCCAAUGGUGCUGGAAAAGGAGAUGAUUUUGAUUUUGAACAAAAUGGAAAUGAUCAGUCAAUAACGGAAUGCUCAAUUGCGACAACUGCAGAGUUUUCCCAUGACACGGACGCUACAGAAAUUGAUUCUCUUGAUGGAUAUGACCUCCAAGAUGAGGAUGAUGGUUUAAGUGAGCAAGAUCCAAAGCCAUUCAGCCUCUCCAGUGAUACCAGGAAAGAUAUGUGGCCCUCAGAGAGUUUGCUGAAGCCAUGUGAUCGCUCCUUUAGCCAGACCAAGCUUGAGGUCAUUGAGGAGGAGGAAAAGGGAGCAACUGAAGAAGGGAAAAAAGCAAAAGCAAAGAGUGACUCUUAUGAUAAAAAAACAGAGGAUGGAAAAAAUGGAGGGGGAGUCACCGCUGAAGGAAGAAAACCUGACAAAGAAGGAUUAUCAGACACCUACUUUAGCUACAAACUAGAGGAGGAGUUUAACACUCCUUUUAAAACUGUUGCAACCAAAGGUUUGGACUUUGACCCUUGGCCCAUCAAAGGAGGAGAUGAUGAAGUGUUUGACGCUAGGAUGAAAGACGAGGAGCCCAAGCCGUUUGGAUUAGCAGUAGACGACAGGUCACAAGCAACUACACCAGAUACAACCCCUGCCAGAACACCAACCGAUGAAAGCACACCAACUAGCGAGCCUAACCCUUUCCCCUUUCAUGAAGGGAAGAUGUUUGAGAUGACUCGCAGUGGUGCGAUUGACAUGAGCAAGCGGGAUUUUGUUGAAGAAAGACUUCAAUUUUUUCAGAUUGGUGAGCAUACCUCAGAAGGGAAGUCAGGGGACAAAGGGGAAGGGGUCAAAAAGCCAGGUGUAGCUAUCUCACAACCACAGACAGUGGAGAAGGUAGUAGAGAUUAAAACAGAGAGCCCCUCAGAUAUUAAAACAGCCACGUGCAAUCAAACACAGAUUAGCACUGACUGUAGAGAGGUGUCUUCUGGUGACACCAUCGAGGAGACAUCUGCAUGUACAAUAACAGCCUCCAAAAUUGACCCUAAAUUACGAAUGCCCAUUAAAAUGGGAAUCACAGCUUCCAUUACUGUGAAAAAAGAUUCUGGCUCUGUGGAAUCAACAGAUUGUAAAACUGAGAUGUCAGACAGUGAAAAUCCAGAGGGCACAAGCCUAGAAGCACAUGCAGAAAGUCAGCCCGGCAGGAGCACAGACAUCCCAAAGCCGUCAGAGCAAAGGGAUGUUUCAACAGAGAACUGCAAUAACAACAAUAACCUUGAGUCCUCAAACGUUCAAGCCAAAUAUAUUGAGUGUGGAAGCGUAGUGUUUAAUUUGCAUUCUUCGUCAGAGCCCACACUUCAGCAAGUUAGAAGGGUAGAGGCUUCGUCCUGUAGGGACCAAGAAAAAGUCAAGGAAAACAGUGUGCCAUGUGAAAAAAUAAAGACGAGUGGAUCCAGUGAAUCAGGGGUAAGGCAGCCAAAGUCAAGGCUGCCGAUUAAAGCACGGGGACCAACAUCACGCACACCAAUAACCACUGCAGGAAAGCAGAGGGCAAAACAUGUAGUUAAACCAGAGACCAAAAAAGGAGUAGAAAACUCUGCAAUUGUGGAACCUAAAUCUAGAAUUCCAGUAAGAGACGUGAAAAGGGGUAAAGUCACUUCUCCUACGCCAGCGCAGGGUAUUUCCCAGUCGGGAAAGACAGAGAAUAAAAGGACAAGGCAGGUACCCUCCCGACUGCCAGUUAAAGACAGGUCGAGCUCAAGCUCAGAGAGCAGCUCAGCUAGUAAGAAAGGCAGAAAGAGUGUGACUGAGGCCUGUAAGCACUCCACCGAGCACACUAAGGGCGUUAGUGGUGAGACGUUAAAGCUUGUGGACCGCCCCUCUGAUGAAGAGAAAAAGAUGCAGGCAGAAUUGUCCGAUGAUGAAGACAGCACAUCGAGGAACACCUCAUUGUCAGGAGCCUCUCAACCAUCCUUUACGGCGAGGUCUGCUAGAGAUGUGAACAUUGAGGCAGCGCCUGUAAGGGCAAAGGUUGAACAGGCCGGCAGUGAGAGGAGGAGGAGUAGGCGGACGGUUGGGAAUGAAGGCAGUCAGGUUGCGGGGCCCCACGUGGCUCCCACCGGGGAGAACAAGCCUAGCCCACAAAGUCCCUGUGAGAGAACUGACCUACGCAUGGCGAUAGUGGCUGAUCAUCUGGGCCUGAGCUGGACUGAGCUGGCCAGGGAAAUGGAUUUCUCUGUGGAUGAAAUAAACCACAUUCGAGUGGAGAACCCAAACUCACUGACAGCACAGAGUUUCAUGCUAUUAAAGAAAUGGGUUAACAGAGAUGGUAAAAAUGCCACAACGGAUGCCUUAACCGCAGUGCUGACUAAGAUCAAUCGGAUGGAUAUUGUGACACUGCUGGAAGGGCCAAUAUUUGACUAUGGUUUCCACAACAUCGAACUGGAGCUACAGACUCCCACCGAGUUAAGCUAUGAACCCCCCACCCCACUGCGGAAAGAUGAUUUUUUUAGCGAGGAGCCAGACGUAGACUCUCCCAGUAGAAGCCCCUGUAGACCCAUCGCUCUGUCCCUGUCCCAGCAAGCUUCCAGCCCCACAGAGCUCCCUGCCACCAUAGUUGAGGAGACUGGUCUGGACGUGGCAGGAGCCGGAGGCAGCGAGGAGCACCCCAAGGAAGAGGACACGGGGGUUAGCCUGAAAUGUGUUGGCCCUCACGAGCCGCAUGACAGCUCAGGUGCAGUAGAAGAGCGAGGUGUUUCUGUGGAGCAGGAGCUCCAGAGACCCAGGGAAGAUGCCCAGGUGGGCGCCGCUGGCCCCGCCUUACACGCCGGCAUCCUUGCGGAGAGGGAGGGCAGCGAGUCUGGUUCUGACGAGGAAGAAGAGGAAAUGACGCGAGAGAAGCUGCAGUCCCUUUUGGAAGGCAUUAAACUGGAGGAAGGCUCAGAGGGCGAGGAGAUGACAGAGGAGAGGGUGCAGGCUAUUCUCAGUCAAGUAGAACAGGCAGAAAAAGACUUGUCCUCAAUUCCAGGUUGGCACAGCGAGACUUCAAGCGUCAAUGUGGAGCCGCCCACCCCAGGCCGCAGUCUGAGCUCAGACCUGAUCGAUCGACAGGAAAACAGCCCAGAGAACUCCAGUGACUCCGUUACAUCAUCCUCCAAGGGACAGGCAGGAAAGCCCAAACAAAACGGCGAGCAUGCAGAUCUCCCAUCUCAGGCCGGGUCACUUCCUGGGGCGCCGGACUCAGCUAGUGAGUUGAAGGGCCAGGAGAAGACAGCAAAGGGUCCAGUGCAUGUUGAAGGGUCCCUGGAUGAUGCUCCAGAGGACAGCGGAGCAGGACCAAGCAGCAAGGAGCAGGACAUCCCUGCAUCUGAGCGCAAAGACCAGGAAGGUAGAGAUAAAGAGUCCAGCUCGGACGAGGAACGGACCGUUACCACCAGGGUUAUUCGGCGACGGGUGAUUCUGAAGGGAGAGCAGGCGAAAAACAUUCCUGGGGAGUCAGUCACAGAGGAGCAGUUCACAGAUGAGGACGGUAACAUCGUCACCAGAAAAGUCAUUAGGAAAGUAAUCCGCCGCGUGGUUACUACAGAUGACAGAGGCCGAGAGAAGGGGAAAAGAGAAGGGGACACCAAAAAAGCUCAUAAGGUUGAGGAGGAGGACUGGCCCAAGGGCUCUGACAGCCAGAGAGCGAAAGCUGAGCAUGGAGAAGGUGGCAAAGGGAAAAAGAAGGACGGGAGACAUGGGGAGAAAAAGAUGCAGUCGUAACGGUCACUGUGCUCAAUCUGGAUUGGAAAUGUUUUAUUACAAAUUUCCUGUGGGGAGAUCACUGGAAACCCAAACGCAGGAAAUCGGCCGAUUUGAACGUGUGCAGCUUCCACAUUAACGCAUGGUUUUCCGCAAAGAAGACUUCUUUAUUUUUGAUUUAGCAUGAGCAUGAAAACUCACUUUUCUGUCAACGACCCGGGGAUCCGAAACGAAUGACACGUUGUGCCAUGGUGUCGGGGGUUGGGGGUGGGGGGGGACUCCGCGCACGGUGUUCUUCUGGAUCGAAAACAAACAAGGACACCGAAGGCAACAGCAUCAGCGCCAGCAACAACAGCAGCACCUGAGCAAAUGAUUCUGUGACCAAAGAUGGCACACAAAACAAAUUGAAUCGGUGACACCAGAGGAACUCACUUUUGAAUCACCUUCUACACUCGCCUUAUAUUUUUUCUUGGACCCAUAAUGUCAGGGUGUAAAAUGCUGUUUUGCUUCUUUUUAACAAAAUGAUUGGUGAUCUUGCUGUAUAUAAACGACACUGUAAAAAUUCUAAAAGAAGUAGCUCACAGAUUGUGAAGGCACUGGCUGAAAAGGACUUUACAGACAUAUUGGAGUGAAAUGCCGCGAUUUGUUCCAUGUUUAUUGGAAAGUUUGGGUGGAACUUCACGCUCUUGUACAAUUAUUUGCAGGUAUAAUGUUUGUAAAUGGAAAACAGAGCUAGCUUGAUUUUAACAGAGGACAUUUGUUUAAAACCUACUGCAAUUCUCUGUAAUUCUCAAAAAUGGGAAUAUCUGUAGUUCUGUGAAAAUAAUUCCUCAGAGUACUAAUAUUUUGAUGCAUGUGAUUCACCUUAUUUUAAUUACAAUUUUUCUAAGUUUGCAAACACUGUAUUAAGAAUAACAUGAAAGAAUGAAAAAGUUUUAUCUAUGUACACACAUUACCCUAACAUUUGUCACUAUUGCUGGUUUUCUAAAGACAAUAUCUUUAAAACAUUCACCAUGUGUAAGAGGGAUAGGGUGGGGAUAUUUUGUUUUAAUGCUUCUCGAAGGUUUACCGCUUGCUGAUAUACAGUUGAAGGGUAGCCUCUGCAGACAAAGGCUUGAAUGCUUUGAGAGAAAGAAUCAGAAUGUAUCUAGUAGACUGGCACGCUGUAAAAUUAUAACUGUACCAUGUGUAUUGGCUAUAAGAUGUAGAAGUCUUUCCGUAAGCCGAUCGUUUGUAAUCAUUCUAGCAGUGUAUUAAUAGGUUUUAAGGCUGCUGUGGUUUAAAAGGGCAUUUUUAUUUGGGUUUUGGUGAAAUACUUCCUUCCAUUGAAUCUAUUCAUAUGAGAACACCAAAAGCAUUCAUGGAUAGUAGAUCUAAUAACAUGUAUGAAAAACCAACAAACACUGGAUGAUCUAGUUGAUUAUUUAAGCAUAAAUAAAUUGUGUUCAAACUCGGAAA